AUGGCGUCCCCGCCAGCUCGGAUCGGCCAGCAGGCCUUGGCUGUAGUGGACGUGACAUUCCGGGUUCCCUGCAUCUUUAUCAUCGACGCCAUUUUUAACUCCUCUCACACCGAAGCUGAUCUGGGCAGCGGAUGGUUCGAGGCUGUCGGGAGGAUUUUGAUCAGAGUUUUAGGUGUCCUGCUUUCCAGCAUGGUCCUGGUUCUGUCACAGAGGGCACUCUUCCGCUUCUACGCCUUGUUCCUUGCUGUUCUCCUGGGAGCCAUGGCCGUCUGGCUGAACUGCUACGUGGCUUGGCAUGCAAACCCAUACGGCAGAUAUGAUGCUUUCGGUCUGCAUGUCUUCCCUAGUGACAGACCCACCCUUUGGCUCGGGGUGGCCACGGUCCAGCUGGCACUGGGGGCCGGCUAUGUGAUGCUGCUCGGCCUGCGGCCGGCCUUGGCAGCCUUCGUGGUUUUGGCCGCGGUGCUGCCCAUCGGGACUUUGGCGGUUGGGUUACCGCCGGAGGCGCGGCAGCUAGUGGCCGCGGCCUCCGGUCUGGUGCUGGUCGUCAACAUACUUGCAUAUCUGACCCUGAAAGUCAAGUGGUUCUGUUUCUCCUGUCGCUAUAUCUACCUGCUUCUCCGGCACCUGCACCGGGUCUACGGUGUCCAGAUGCUGCUGGAGGACACCUGGAAGAGGAUCCGCUUUCCUGACGUGCUCCGGGUCUUCUGGCUCACCCGUAUGACCGCGCAGGCUGUCAUCCUGCUCUACGUGGUUGGGGCGACAGGGAACCGGGAUGGCAGCCAGAGUUAUCUCACUGGGGACGUCUUCUGGGACUUGUUCAGUAACCUCAUCAUCAGUGGCUGCGACUCCACGUUGACGGUGCUGGGUAUGAGUGCAGUGAUCUCCUCCAUCGCGCAUUACCUUGGCCUAGGAAUUUUGGCAUUCAUCGGCUCCACAGAAGAGGAGGACAAACGACUUGGCUUCGUUGCCCCGGUCCUAUUCUUCAUCUUGGCUUUGCAGACAGGGUUGAGUGGGUUAAACCCUGAGGAAAGACUGGUGCGGCUCAGCCGUAACCUGUGCCUUCUGCUGACCGCCAUCUUGCAUUUCAUUCACGGGAUGACCGACCCUGUCCUCAUGUCCUUGAGUGCCUCCCACGUGUCGUCCUUCCGGAGGCACUUUCCCGUCCUGCUGGUGUCGCUCUUGCUCUUCGUCCUGCCUGUGGUGCUGAGCUAUGCCCUCUGGCAGCUCUACGCCCUCAACACCUGGCUGUUCGCCGUCACAGCCUUCUGCGUGGAGCUUUGCCUCAAGGUCGCCGUGUCACUGACAGUCUACGUGCUCUUCAUGGUUGAUGGCUACUAUGGUGUGCUCUGGGAAAAGCUGGACGACUACGUGUACUGUGUGCGCUCUGCGGGAAACAUUAUCGAGUUCAUGUUUGGGGUCAUCAUGUUCGGGAAUGGGGCCUACACCAUGGUGUUUGAGUCCGGCAGCAAGAUCCGCGCUUGCAUGAUGUGCCUCCAUGCCUACUUCAACAUUUACCUGCAGGCCAAGAACGGCUGGAAGACUUUCAUUAACCGCCGGACCGCCGUCAAAAAGAUAAACUCCCUGCCAGAGGUUAAGGGCAGCCAGCUGAGAAAUAUCGAGGACGUCUGUGCCAUCUGCUACCAGGAGUUCAGCUCCUCGGCGCGCCUCACGCCUUGUCGGCACUACUUCCACACCCUCUGCCUGCGCAAGUGGCUGUACAUCCAGGACACCUGUCCCAUGUGCCACCAGAGGGUCUACAUCGAGGAGGACGUCCAGGACAGCUCCGUCUUCUCCAACAAUAACGGGUACGUCGCCCCCAACGAGGAUGCGGUCGAGCCGGCUGCUGCCGGGGGGGUGGAUCCUGUUGCCACAGACCUCGAGGACGAAUUUCUGGAGGACAACGACAGCAUAGAGUAUGAUGAGGAAGAGUGGGACAUGCAAAACAGGGGAAUACCCAUAGAGGAAGACUACGUCGAUGACGAGACAGACUCCAGCGGGGAAUGACCCGAACGUAAUUUGACUUUAAUUUAUGGCAAAAUCAGGGAUGCUCUGCUUUUUCCCCUUCAAGGGCUCACGCGGUAAAGGCGAAGGUUGUGGUACAGUGUUCCGAGCGAUAUUACGUAAAAAGAAAACGGGAGGAUUCCAAGCAGGCUGCCAGUUGUUACUUAAUAGUUCGGUGUGAAAUGACUGAAUAAUAUAUAUUUUAAAGAAAAAUAUGAUUAUGUUUGUAUUCCUUUCUUUCUCAGUAAUUUAUUUUGUUCAACUAUUCAGGUUAAAUAUUUAGAGAAAGCAGAACACCCUAAUACAAAUCCCCGUUAAGGAUUAUCAUGAAGGUGACUUGUCCAAGACAGUUCUGUGACAAGCAGAAAGAAUUAAUUUAAUGUGAUGGGCUGUUGUAACCACGGAUAUACCUCUGGUCGUCGUUACUGGUCUCUUGUGUGACCUUACUGGAAUUGUGUACGUUAUUGUACAUGCAAUAAAAUGGAUUUUCCUUUAAAAA